AUGCAAAGACUGAGCGCGGCGAAAACCUUUUUCCCGCAAUUCACGACUUCUUCAACUUUUGAAGCCGUCCAAUCAACCCGCGAAGCCGUUUCCACAACUGUUGAAGCUCUUGUGCCCAUCACAAAAGCUUCUGUUUCAUCUUCAACCUCUGAAGUUUGCGCACACAACGCCAAGAAUGUUCUAUUUCUACCCUUCCUCGGCCUCGUCGUCGCCGGCCUCCUCGCCCAUGGCGUCGCCGCAGACUCAACGCCGCUCUUCCGCAUGGACAAAAUCAAUUUCGUUUGGGCGAAAGCGCAGCAUCGUCUUGACGGCCAAGAAGCUGCUCAGAAAUUACAGGUAGGUCUUGAGGGAUUGGCGGAAAAUUGCCUGAGGGCUCUAAUUCAUCAAGAGGGAAAAGACGAAAUUUUCAAAAAAAAAAAAAUGUCAUAUUAUUAUUUUCAUAAAGUGCAUAGACACUUCUUCUCUUCCGCACAGUGCAUUUUGAACUUUUUCCCACGCUUGUCGCUAACGCACAGUGCAGACUUCAAAAAGCCGUUUGCACUGUGCACGUUGAACUUUUUCCCACGCUUGUCGCUAACGCACAGUGCAGACUUCAAAAAGCCGUUUGCACUGUGCACGUUGAACUUUUUCCCACGCUUGUCGCUAACGCACAGUGCAGACUUCAAAAAGCCGUUUGCACUGUGCACGUUGAACUUUUUCCCACGCUUGUCGCUAACGCACAGUGCAGACUUCAAAAAGCCGUUUGCACUGUGCACGUUGAACUUUUUCCCACGCUUGUCGCUAACGCACAGUGCAGACUUCAAAAAGCCGUUUGCACUGUGCACGUUGAACUUUUUCCCACGCUUGUCGCUAACGCACAGUGCAAACUUCAAAAAAGCCGUUUGCACUGUGCACGUUGAACUUUUUCUCACGCUUGUCGCUAACGCACAGUGCAUUUUCCUCUUUUCGCGCAGUGCAAAACUCAAAAAAACCGUUUGCACUGUGCAAAUUCCUGGCCCCGCCGCAGCGAUGGAGUUGAAACUUGCUUUUGUCGCAGCGCACAGUGCAAAAACAAAGCAAAAAGAUGAAAUGCACGGUGCAAAAAAGCGGUUUUUUGUGCACAGUGCAGAUCGCGUCGCAGCGAUGUUUCCCCGCACAGUGCAAAAACAAAGCAAAAAGAUGAAAUGCACGGUGCAAGAAGGCGGUUUUCUCAGCACAGUGCUGGACGCGACAAAUGUCCAUGCACUUUGUGAAAAUACUAUAUUCUAUUAACUUACCAUAUAAACAUUACCGUAUAACUAUUAAAAUCACUUAAUUUCAGGAAGAACUAAAAAAGUUCGAUACCCUCUACGUAUCGAUCAAACACGAACAAGAGCACCAUAAAAACACCAAAUCCUUAAGUGAAGCCGAUGACAAACUCGAGAGACUCCUCGAGCGCUACAACUUGGACGAUGCCCUCAAGGCUUUUAGAAUUGUAUGUGGAUUUCACUAUCAUUUUUUAUAUGCCUCUAUCUCAAUUAAAUCGAUGUUUUCAGAAAUACAAACACGAUUCGAAACAACAACCCAACAUAAACAAGCUCGCCGACGACUCCGCCGCCAAAAGAACGGCCAAAUUCUCGGAUUCUCGUCUACAAAACCUCUGGUCCAAAGUCAGCACUGACCAAGAUGUCGCAGCACACGAACUGAACGAUCUACAUCGCCAAUUCGAAGGCCUACAGAAGAUUAUCGAACGUUAUAAUGAAGUGAAGAAAGAUUUGAACGAACUGGAUGAGAAUGAAGUUCAUGACGUUGUAGAUCAUCAACAACUAGUCCGGGAGGCAAAAGCGCUGAACAGCGGGAUUGAGGACACCAUUGAGCAUCUGAAGUCGCAAAUCGAAGCUGUCAAAGAGAACCCGUUCGAGAAUGAGAGUGUUCGAAAAUUGUGGCUAAAGGUGAGCAAUGAGAAGAUUGGGGGGAUUAGAGAGGAAAAAUUAUCAGUCUGUCGGGAAAAUAAUGUGGAUUUGUCGCGCCUAGGAAUUGCCUAUCAUUGUGGUUGGCUGUGGAAAAGCAAUGAUGAUAUAUUUCAAGGCGCGACAAAUCCACAUUAUUUUCCCGACGAAAUAAUAUCGGAAAAUCCACAUUAUUUUCCCGACAAAUUAAUAUCGGAAAAUCCACAUUAUUUUCCCGACAAAAUAAUUUCGAAAAAUCCUCAUUAUUUUCCCGACAAAAAGAUAUCGGAAAAUCCACAUUAUUUUCCCGACAAAAUAAUAUCUGAAAAUCCACAUUAUUUUCCCGACAAAAUGAUAUCGGAAAAUCCACAUUAUUUUCCCGACAAAAUGAUAUCGGAAAAUCCACAUUAUUUUCCCGACAGACUGAUAGCAAUGACUAAUGCGUUAUUUCCCCCAGAACGUGUCUAUUCCUAGAAAAGCAAGCCGUAAUUUUUCGUUACCGUGAUAAAAAAAUCCAAAAGAUUUUUUUUUGUUUUCGUCGUCAAACCGAAUUUUCAUUGUGUCGACUCCAUCGACUCAUCAAUCUCAAAUGGAAUUCAGCGAACAAGCCUUCUCUCUUCUCCUCUCAUUUACGGUAAAAUCUACUUUAAAGUGGGGGCUAAAGAACGCUGAACACGAAAUUGACGAGGGAAAACAUGUGAAAAAAUUUCAAUUCCUAUCUAAAAUUACAUGUGAGACAGCUCAAAUUGCAAAUAUAUAUCCAAAUCUAUCCAAAAAAUCAUCUAUUAGGUUGAUGCAUAAUUAUCCGGCGUUUUUUCAAAAAUUUUUUUUUUCAGGCCAAAAAAGCUCCAAAACUCAUUCCCAACGAGUUGAAUGCCAUCAAAUCCGAGCUACGGCAUCUGGAUCGGCAUUUCCUCAAGCUGGACCACCACUCGCAGAUGAUGGACGAGCAUCGGAGUCUGCACGACACCGAAGACGACGAGAUCUGGGGCUCGAUGGAGUCGCAGCGAGAGAAAAUUUUGCACAAAUUGCGGAAAUUGGAGGAAUAUUUGAACGAAAAGCUCGCUGAGCACGAUGAGCUUUGA